AUGUGCGUAUGUACCUUCAAUGAGCGAGGUACGGACAUAGCACCAACUCUCUGGCUCGCCUCCCUUCCCCUCUUCUGCAAUUCACUAACUCUGCAGCCGUGGAUCGAAUCAAGUCACAGGGAGGUACUGUGUGCACAACCUAUCCGAUCUCCUAAAAUGUUUGGGGAGCGAAGUGGACCACGGGGGAGUCGCGACGCAGCAUCGUGCUCUAGUUACGCUGCCACGAUUUCUUUUAAACGAUUAUAUGCCCUCCCCGAUGGAAAAUUCGCGCGCGCUGGAUCGCUGAACGUAUCACUGAGGCCAAGGCCCCGAGGACGCAGAAAUUGGGAAUCUUCUGUUUUAACCACUGGCGGGCCGUCGUCAAUGGACUCGGGAAUGACGGAGUUGGCCCUUGAUCGGCCCAUCGCCGUCCUAACCACGAAUCACGAGAGUACUGUUCUCGAUGGAACUUUGACGGUCUUUGACGACCGGGCACCUGAAUACAAAAUGAAUUUACUUAUAUAG